AUCCAAUUGUCAUGGGUCAAUCUCACUCUGCUACUACAACAACUUCUACAGUUCAAUCCAAUGAUUCAAUAUCUUCAAAUUCUUCUUCAAUACAAAGGAGAAAGUCAAUACAACUUGUGAAACAAAAAUUGUCGCGUUCGGAACUAUUGGCGUUACAUAAUACUUUCCAGCACUUGAAGACACAGUCAACUGAUCAUGGUGACUUUAUAGAACCAAAACGUUUUCUGGAACAAUUACAAUUACCUUCUGAUUUGGAAACUGCUGGUGUUCUGCUAUUUAAAUCUUUCUCACAACUCGGCGCAUACCCAAAUUACAAACUGAGCACAGCACCUAUCCAUUUAUCUUGGAACUCUUUUUUGACAGCAUUUGCAGUCUUGACUGGAAAGUUGGAUGAACCUCAUCAAGAUUCUAUGAUAUUUGAAACAGCCUUUUUUGAAUCACUUGCUGUGCUACCACGACCUGAUCAAUACCAACAUCAACCACAACAAGAAAAGCCUUCGACUACACAAAUGCCAAACAUCCUAGAAACUGACAAAUCUCCCAAAGGUUUGACUUUAGCGGAUUUAGGAAUUCAAUUUGAUGAUGCGGAUAAUGACGAUGUUAUUGGAUUGAACAGUUCUAAGGAAAGUACUCAAGAUACUCUAAAGAUAUUACAAACGGACUUGACAGAACUAUUCGUAUUAGCUUUGUGGAUCGUUCAUGCUGAACAUGUAGAACAACAAAGUACAGUACCAGAUAUUGACUCCAUACGAAGCUUGGCAGAUACUAUCACCAAAACAAUACUUAUGAUGGAUAGAAGCAACAACUACAACAAUAAAUCUGAAGAUGACUGUAUAUCGCAUCAUGCCUUUUGUAUUUGGAAAGAUCGGAAUGCGCCAUUCUUAUUUAAAACCAUUCAAUCCUUCAUUUAUACACGCUUUGCUAUGGUGGCUCCAAUAAAACUAACUGAUGAAGAAGAUACGGUAUCGCUUCGCACUAUGGAUCUCGUUUUGUCUCAAGAUAUUGCGCCUUUACCUCUUCAUACGGAUAUUCUGGAUACUAAUUGUUGUGCUCUUCUUUCUUGGUGUCUACCUGAAACCUUCUUAGCAACGAAACAAUGGAGACGACUUUAUUCUGGGGACAAGGAUGGAUUUUCAAUGAAUCGGUUUGAGAGUCAUGUGUUCAAGUAUCCUGGCCCAACUCUACUGGUGAUCAAAGUACAAGUGACUAACAAGAAUAUCAGCAAGAAUGAUGAUGAUUUGGAUGAUACGACAAUGAUCCUCGCUGCUCUGAUCAAUGAACCAUGGAAGCAUGGACGACAAUACUGGGGAAGCGAUGCGUGUUUUCUAAUGGAAUUGUACCCUCGAUAUGAAACAUUCAAGCCUACUGGAAAAAAUCAGCAAUAUGUAUACUGUCAACAACAAUUUGGUAUUGCCUUUGGAGGAACGACAUCACAUCCACCAUCUUCUUCAUCAUCAUCAUCGUCAUUAUCAGCUACACAAAUGACAACAAAAAUGGGAACAAUAAAUGUAGCAAGUGAUGGAUGCAUACUUUACCUUGACAAUACUUUACAAAAUGGACGAUAUCACCAAGAACAAUAUCCAGCCUUACCGACAUAUCAAAAAUCAGAACAGCGAUCAUCUGGCGCAUUUGAUUAUUUAUUUGAUGUUGAAAAUGUGGAAGUAUUUGGUUUAGGAGAUGAAAAACUGACAUUGUUACAGAAAAAGGCUUGGGACUUUGAAUAUCAAGAUGCUACACGGCGUGCAGGCGUUCAAAUUCGGCAACAAGAUGGACAAGUUGACAAGGAAAUUUUGAAACUGGCUGGGAUUAUUCAGGACGAUCAUCAUCAUUACUACGAAACAAGUCAGCAACAACAACAGCAACAAUAUCAUCAUUCUUGAUCCGCUCAACAAUAUCCAUUUAUAGUAUUCGUUUACUUUUCAUCUGAUAUUUUCGAUUCUAUUUUCCAAAUAAAGACAACGACAUAUACCUUCCAAAUAUUUUUUUUUA